CUUGAGAACAAACACAUAAUUACUCAUCAUACUUAAAAAUAAAAAACGCAAUUUAAAUGAAAAAUUUCAGGGAUAACUGGACAAACUAUUUGAAUAAUAGUUUAAGUGUUUAUCUGUAUAAAAAUAUUGUGUACUGUACGUUCCGCGUAGUAUCAAUACUAUUUUCGGGUUUUCGAGAACUUCAGAUGGCCAAAGGUCUUUUUAAUUGGGGAGAAGUGAAAAAGCAUCAGUCACUGAAAGACCGCUGGAUUGUUAUUGACAACAAGGUUUAUGAUGUAUCAAGUUGGCAGAAUAAACAUCCUGGAGGUAGAAAAGUUAUUGGUCACUAUGCCGGCCAAGAUGCAACAGGUGCGUUCAUUGCGUUUCACAAAAAUCGUCAGUAUGCUGAAAAAUUCUUGAGUGCAUAUUAUAUCGGAGAUCUGGACCAAGACUGUCCGGAAGACAAGGAUAUGAAUUCCAAAAUUAGGGAGUACCACGAAGAUCUAGAGGGUAUACGUAAAAUCCUACUCCAGCAGAGGCUAUUUGAUGGAAGCAAAAUCUUCUUUGGUACAAUGAUUCUUCAAGUUUUCGUUCUCGAAUUAUUGGCAUAUUUGAACUUGGCCUAUUUUGAAACCAGCUGGUGGCGAAUUAUGUUAUCAAUUAUACUGUAUUCAAUAUCUCAAGGUCAAGCAAGUUGGCUGCAACACGACUUAGGACAUCUAUCGGUUUUUCGGAGUACUCGAACGAAUCAUAUUUUCCACGAAAUUAUCCUUGGUUUAACUAAAGGAGCUUCAUGCCAUUGGUGGAAUCACAUGCAUUCUCAACAUCAUGCUAAACCGAACGUACUAACUUUUACAGUUCCCCUGUACGUAGUGAAAAUUUAUUAUCUAUCGAGUGUAAACCAUGUUGCUAGCUCACAACAGAUGAAUAAAAGAUUGAUGAUUUAAUCGAUUUGUUUAAUCUCAGGUAGUUCAUGUUUGAUUAUUUAUCACCAAAAUGAAAUAUAAUAAUACAUUGAAUUAAAUCGCAAAACAUAAAACAGAUGAUUUUUCCAAUAAAUUAUUGUACACUCUAUUUUGUUCUGAGUAUUUAAAUAUACUUAAUAGCUACUUUUGUUCUAAAAGUUGCAAUAACUAGAAUGCUUCCAUCAGGCAAAUUUACAGUUUUACUAUUUCUUACAAAUUUUGUUCUGUCAACAAUAUAAAUACAGAUUGAUAAAGAUCCAGAUACCCGACUAGAACCAAUUUUUGUUGUUGGUGAUAACCUGCUUAGAAGAGCAGCUAGUCCUGAAAGUAAAUGGACGUGGCAUUUUCCUUAUGAACACCAGCAUAAAUAUUUUUUCCUAAUUGGUCCCCCUCUAUUAUUUCCUGUUUAUUUCCAAAUCAUGUCCUUCCGCCAUAUGUGGAUUCACAAAAGAAUAGAGGUAAGCAAACGUACAAUGUACGACAUACAUGUAAUUGUCCUUCACCCCAUUACCAAUUGUCAGUCGAUUCUUGUAUUCAAUGUUAGACCAAGUGAUAACCUAGGCAUUCUAAACUCUACAGUCUCAGGCCUCAGUAGGCUUGGUCAAAUGAUGUAAUGCACCUGUUAUAAUAAAGACAAAAUAUGUUCUGAUUGCAUAAGUAACCUACCAAAACUACUUAAAUAGGUUUCACUAUUGUAAUGUGCACUUAAGAUCAGACAAAACUCAGAUUAACUACUCUUUACGUUCAAGAAACAAAGAAAAUAUUGAGUCAGACAAAUAAAGUUUAAUCUAUUGACUUUAUGAAAACUGCUUUAUUCCGUUUAUUGUUAAUUAUUUUAUGCUUUGUAAUUAAGCAUAAACGCGAAAACUUCUACAAUAAACAAAAUCCUGUGUACUAAACCAUGUCCAUAAAUGAUAAAUCGGUUAUAUAUUAGCAGAAUAUCCAAAAAUCUUAUAUUUUUUACACUGUCUGAAAACAAAUUAUAUGACUUUUGCUAGAAGUUUCUAGUUUUUAAUUAUUAAUGGGAAUCACUUCUAUUUUCACUCGUUUCUUUGCUUAGUAAUCUUCUUAACAUGACCUUUUAAGUUCUGUUGGCAA